UCUUACGUUUGACAUAAGUGACUUUAUAAAAAUAUAAACAAUGUUAUAAAUUAGAUGACUUUUAUUCAUAUAUCAAGUAAAUUUCGAAUUUUAGAUUAAAAUGGAAAAUUGAAGUUUAAGUAUCAAUUACAAUCAUGGAAUCUUCCGAUGAAACAGAAAAACCUAGGAAAAGAGACACGUCUAGAAAGAUUUAUAAAAAUCCAUCAAAUUAUAAUUUUAAUUGUGAAUGUGGGAAAAACUUUAAUUACAAGAAGCAUUAUAAUGAUCAUAGGAGAAAAGUACAUAAAGACCAUUCCGAUUCACGUACCGAACCCCCCGUCAAACCUCAAAAAGGUUGUCCCUUAUGUGAUUUUAAAUCAAAAUACCGAGAGGAAAUGGUUAAACAUUUUGAAACAAAUCAUAAUAUUUCCUUGGUUCAAGAAAAAUUGUCGUUUACCACAAAAGAUGACUUUUUAAUUUGGAAAAACGAUAUUGAAGUGAGAACAGCAUCAAAAUAUAUAAGUGAAAAUGGAUCACAAGUAUUUAGAAAACAUGUAAUUACUAAGUAUACCUGUCAUAGAUCUGGAUAUUACAUUCCUCAUAAGAAAAAAGGUCUUCGGCACUUGAAAAAGCAAGGAAGUGUAAAAAUCAAUGGAUUUUGUCCUGCUAACAUUACUCUUCAACUACAAAAUAAUGGUAGUUGUAUUGUCACUUUUAUAGGAACUCAUAUAGGACAUGAUAAUAAUCUUAAACAUUUAUCUCUCACACCUUUAGAACGGGAGAACAUAGCUAGGAAGCUUUCAAUGAAAAUUCCAUUUGAUCAAAUUUUGGACAACAUUAAAGAUUCUAGUUCUGAUUCAUCACAACAAAGAAUUCAUCUUUUAACUCGUAAAGAUUUAUAUAAUAUACAAGCAUCAUUUAAUUUAUCUUCUAAAACUGUAAGUCACAAAAAUAUCACUGUAAAUAUCGAUGCAUUUAUAAAACAACUGCAAAUUUCAAAUGACUGCAUUUUAUACUAUAAACCUAAUGGUGUUUAUGCCGAAGAUGUUGCAGAGUUGAAAUUAGAUGAUUUUUUGUUAAUAAUUAUGACACCAGCUCAGCUAGAUCUGUUAAUAAAAUAUGGACAUGACUGUAUUUGCUUGAAUGGCACACAUGGUGUAAAAAAAUUUGAUUUAGAACUAAAUACUCUAAUGAUAUUAGAUGAGUUGAGAGAGGGAUUUCCGUGUGCAUUUCUCAUAUCAAAUAGAUUAGAUCUUCAAGUGUUGAGUUUAUUUUUUUCAAAGAUCAAAUCAAAAGUAGGCAUCAUUAAACCAAAGAUUUUUAUGUCAGACUUAUCUGAUACUUAUUAUAUUGCUUGGUGCAAUGUUAUGGGAAUUCCUGAAAAAAGGCUGCUCUGUACAUGGCAUAUUGAUUAUUGGUGGAGGGACAACUUAUCAAAAAUUAAUAAUAAGCAAACUCAGGCGCUCAUUUAUAAGCAUCUACGGACUCUAUUGACUGAGCGAGAUGUUAAUACAUUUCAAAAAAUGUUAAUUCAGUUCUGCCACAUCGAUGAUCCAGAUUCAUUGGAGUUCAUUACAUAUUUUCGUAACAAUUUUGUUAAUAACAAUGAAUGUUGGGCUUAUUGUCAUCGUCUUCAUGCAGGAAUCAACACUAAUAUGCAUUUGGAACGAAUGCACAAAUCUAUAAAUUUUAUUUUCCUCAAAGAAAAACGUCUAGAUAAAGGGAUAACCGCAAUGUUGAAAUUUUUAAAGGAUAAGCUUAUGGAUGAACAAAAAAUAAACCAAAAAGGAAAAGUUUGCAUAAAGUUGUCAAAUAUCGAAUUAAAACACAAACAUAUGGAAGAAAUGGAUGGAAGUACUCUGAAAGCUUACGACCAUGGUUGGGAGGUAUUAUCAGAUAAAGGUUGCGAAAUGUAUUUAGUACAACAACAAGAAACAAAUUGCAUUAAUUGUCAGCUUGUUUGUACAGAAUGUGGUAUAUGCAUUCAUCAGUUUGUGUGUACGUGUUUGGAUAGUGCGAUCAAAUAUAACAUGUGUAAACAUAUUCAUCUUGUUGCAAAAUAUAUAAAUAAUAAUCAUUUUGUGGAAGAACAACAUAUUGUAGAAAUAGAUGAAAAUGAUGACGGACAAGAAGAUGGUAAUAUAGAUAACGGCGACAAUAAUGAAAAUACUGGAGAAACAUUUUUAGGUGAACUAAAUCCAAGUAAAAUUCCUGACUUGGAUGAUCGGAAAGAAAUGCUUAUCAAAUCCAUUAUAGACACCAUCAAUUCAAUUUCGUCUAUGCAAGAAUUAGAGAUAAUAGAAAAACAAGUUUCUAUAGCUAGAUCAACAUUGGUUAAUAUGAAAAACUUUGUUUCCAAAACAGUUUCAGUAACUGAAACCCAGUCUACUCCAAUAGAUUUGGAACAACAUUUAAUGGAGCAUAAAAUUGAACGUCAUUUUAUGGUAAACAGCAAUCUAGAAAAUUCUUCUGUUUGUUCAAUAUGUAUGAAGAGGUUUAAAAAUGACGUAUACCACCAACGUAUUUUGACUGAUAUUAGUAGAAAGAACGAAAUUUGUAUGGAUUGUGGUAAAGGGUUGUAUAACAAAAGAGAUCAAUUAGGGGCGAACGGGAGAUUUCACGAAAUCAAAUAUAAUGAACAAGUGGAAAAUGUAAUUUCCAAGGAACAUCGAGACCUUUCGAGUACCAGAACAACACAUGUUACUAUUAGUGUUAGUGGAGCCCAAAAUUCUCACAUUCAAAUCCCAGUGCAGAUUCCAGUAACACAUCCUUCGUUAACUUCCACUAUUAAAGAAGAUGAUAGAAAUAUUUUGAGUUUGUAAUCCGUUAUCUCAGUGAUGAAUUUGUUUUAUAGCUCAACUUAUAUAUUUAAUAUUUUUUUUAAAUAAUUAUUUAUGUUUCUAUUUUUUAUUUAUUAAAUCAGUUAUAAAUUAAUUUUAACCAUUUGUCUACCAAUCAAUAUAUUUCUAUACUAUAUUAAUAAAAAAUAAAUAUAAAUCUUGAACUG